AGCACUCAUUAAAUCUCAGGGCGUCCUGGAGAGAUCAUUUUUCUCCCGGCUGUCUGUUGUGGCACAUGAGAAUAGCUGCCAAAGAAAGAUCAACGCAAGGUAUUCCCCUCGUGGGGGUCAACGUCAUUCUUCCACCCAUCCACAGAGUGAGCCUCCUGAUCGUCCAUCCAAGCCAGUUAAAGAUGCAUGCCACCUUUCUCCUGCUCUUGGUGUAUUUUCUGCAUGCCAGCAGUCUUCCGGGCGAAAAGGCACCCCCAAAGAGGAGGGCUUGGAGGGCUCCAUCAUGUGUACGAUGUUGCAGGCAGGGCGAGCAGCCCGUCUCCAUUACUACUUCCCGAUACACACGGAUGACCAGCGACUCCGUUUACGCGCUCCCUAAGAUCCAGCCCACCAUUGAUAUCCACAUCUUAAAAGGUGAAAAAGGCGAGAUGGGGGAACAAGGACGCUCCGGGCCCGAAGGCAAAUCAGGCGAGCCAGGCCUGCAGGGUUCCAGUGGCCCGAAAGGACAGAAAGGUCAUGUGGGCCCCCCCGGUCAUUCAUGCAAGCAGCAUUACGCUGCUUUCUCAAUCGGCCGCAGCAAACCCCUCCACAGUUUGGAUUACUAUCAGCGGGUCACUUUCGACCCCGAGUUCGUCAACCUCUAUAAGCAUUUCAACAUGUUCACUGGCAGCUUCUUCUGCUACGUCCCCGGAAUCUACUUCUUCAGCCUGAACGUCCACACCUGGAACUACAAGGAGACCUACCUUCACAUCAUGAAGAAUGAAGACCAAGUGGCGAUCCUCUACUCUCAGCCCAGCGAGCGAAGCAUCAUGCAGAGCCAAAGUCUCAUGCUGGACCUCCUGGAAGGGGACGAGGUCUGGAUACGAAUGUUCAAGCGGGAGAGGGAGAACGCUAUCUAUAGCGAGGAGUCGGACAUCUACAUCAUCUUCAACGGCCACUUAAUUAAGCCAGCCGUAGAAUGAACUCCUGGGAUCCAAGGCUAAAGUGGAGGAGGUGCCCCAUCUGCCCUUCAAACGGUGCUUUUCCAUGGACUGCAGCCACAGAGCUUCUGGUCUUCCCCAGGGCCCCAGCGGGGUUAACUUAUAAGUAAGGGUUACUAGGCUUACAGCUUCUUCCAAUGCUGUGAUGGAGACACAAUCCCCAGGAUCUAAAACCCAGAGGCCCCCGUGGGCCAAUACCUGCAUCUGGAUCUUUGGGAGCCUGCUGCGAAGUUCUCACAAAACGGCUGCCAGGGAUGAGUGUUUGCACAUUCCCCCAAAGGCUGCCCCUGUGGGUAAGACCAGUUACAAAAGACCUCUUGGCCAGAAGGCAAACUAGUGCCACCCCAAUAGCUUCCAGGACUCCAUCCGUUACUUCUUAGCAUACUUGGUCUUUUGAGCAGAGGAUAUGCUUCAAAGAAAAGAGGGGAGGUCAAAAAAGGCAAGAUGGCACUGCUUGGGCUGUAGCCAUGCGCUAUUUUAUUUCCUAAGGAUACUUCUUGGGCUUCUGUGGGCCCAGAAACACCCUUGAGAAUCAGCGUGAUGGCAAAGUUAGCAGGCAUGAUACAUGUAAAAUGGGCUGGGCCCUUGAUCAUGCAUUAGAGGCUGCCUCUUGACUUUUUUGACACCCCUUCCCCAUGGAGACCCCUAAAAGACAGUGCAACCCCCAGUUUCACAGUUUUGGAACACUGAUCUGUAUUCCCUUCCUGUUCAUGAACUGGGUCUAUAAUCAAUAUUAUUCCAUGUGGUUAAGAUUUAAUGAGAUGCUUAAAAAUGGAUAUUGAUUUCCUGUGAGUAACAUAAUAGGCAUUUGUUCUUUCUCUCUUGUUAUUUUCCCCCCCUCUAUUUCCCUUUGUGCUUUU